UCAUAAAGGUUUUCCAAACAUUCGUCUUUGCUUAUUAAUCUCUUAUCAGUUCUUACACAUUUGCCCCAAAUUAACAAAGAUAUGGCUUCUACUUCAUCAGCUUCUUCAUCUGUUCAAAAGAUCUUCAAGUACGAUGUCUUUUUGAGUUUUAGGGGUGAAGACACCCGUAAGACCUUUGUUGAUCAUCUCUAUCUUGCUCUUGUCAAUAAAGGAAUUAUUACUUACAAAGAUGAUGAAACAAUCAAGAAAGGGGAAAGGAUCAAUGAACAACUCAUUAAAUCCAUUGAGGAGUCCAGAUAUUACAUAAUUGUAUUCUCCAAGAACUAUGCGUCUUCAUCGUGGUGCUUAGACGAGCUCGUAAAGAUUAUGGAGUGCCAGAAGAUGACCGAGCAUACUGCUUACCCCAUCUUCUAUGAUGUGGAACCCACUGAAGUCCGCAACCAAAGUGGGUCAGUUGGACAAGCCUUUGAACGGUUCACAAGGAAGAGUAAGAGGACGUUGGAAGAUGAAGAUCUGGAAAAGGAACUUGUUGUUGGAAAAUGGAGAAAUGCUCUUAAAGAAGCAGCCAGCCUGGCUGGGAUGGAGUUGAAGAACACUUUCAAUGGGCAUGAAGCUAGAUUUAUCCAACAAAUUGUUAAAGACGUGUCGCUAAAGCUAUAUUUCUUUAAUUCGAGCAUUGAUGCAAUGUUAGUAGGCAUGGAGACUCGGGUAAAGGACGUAGUAUCAUCUUUAGAGAUUAAUUCUAAUGAUGUUCGUAUGAUAGGGAUCAAGGGGAUGGGAGGUAGUGGGAAGACCACUUUGGCGAGAGCUGUUUUUGAUUAUAUAUCCAUUUGGUUUGAAGGUAAAAGCUUCAUUGAGAAUGUAAGAGAAGGCUCAAAACGCUAUGGUUUGAAGAAGUUGCAAAAACAGGUCUUACGAAAUGUGUUAAGUGAUAAAAGCAUUGAGGUAGAAAGUGUUUCUGAUGGGAGAAGUCUGAUGAGAAAGAUGAUGUGUAGUAGAAAGGCUCUUGUAGUUCUAGAUGAUGUGGAUGAUAUUGGCCAGCUUGAAGCGUUAGCCGGUGAUCGUAAUUGGUUUAUGCCGGGAAGUAGAAUCAUCAUCACAACAAGAGAUGAGCAAGUGUUGAAGGCGCAUUGCGUGAACUUUAUUCAUGAUGCAUGUCUGUUAUCACAAAAGGAAGCAAUUUGUCUCUUAAGUAGGUAUGCAUUUGGGAGAGAGAUUCCAAAUCAAGGGUAUGCAGAGCUAUCAAGACUGGUUGUACAUUAUGCUGCUGGCCUUCCCAUAACAAUCAAAGUUUUGGGUUCAUUUCUGUAUGAUAGAACUGAGAGUGAAUGGAAAGAUACCAUCAAAAGACUAAAAACAAUUCCGUUGAAGGAAACUCUAGAAAAACUGGAAAUAAGCUAUAAUGGUCUAGAGAAUGAUCAAAGGGAAAUAUUUCUAGAUAUUGCUUGCAUACUGAAAGAUGAAACGAAGAAGAAAGCGAUCAAAAUACUUGAAAGUUGUGGGUUUCGUGCUCUGAUUGGUCUAAGAGUUCUUGAACAGAAAUCCUUGAUAAGUAUAUCUAAGGAGGAUUAUAGUUAUUUUUAUUUUAAUACUAUUGAUGAUGAUGAUGAUGUUUAUGAUGAUGAGUUGUUUGUCUUACAUGACCAUAUAGAAGAAAUGGGCAUGGAUAUUGUUCGGCGUUUGCACCCCGAUGAGCCUAAGAGACAGAGUCGAUUAUGGAUUAAAGAGGAAAUCGAAGAUAUAUUGGUUAAUGAAUUGGGAAGUGAAGAAAUAAAAUGUAUAAAACUGGAGUAUACCUAUCUCGAUCUUCCAAUUAUUAUGAAAGGUCUUCGAAAGAUGAAGGAACUUAGAUUGCUUUAUGUGGGUUAUGAAAUUGAUGAAGUUGAUGAGGUUGAUGAAGUUAGCAAAUACCUUCCACCUGCUUUACAAUCACUUUAUUGGCAUAAAUACCCUUUAUGUUGUUUACCUAAAUCAUUUCAAGCAAAUAAGCUCGUUAACCUUGAAAUGAGUAAGAGCAAUAUAUCUGAACUCUGGGAAGGGGGAGAAAGAAAGGUUCUUAAUAAGCUUAAAUUCCUUGACCUCUCCUAUUCAAAGUUGAGAACCUUUGAUCUUACGGUGAGUCCAUAUCUGGAGGAGUUAGAUCUUAGAGGAUGUCAUCAUCUUUUCAAACUCCACAUGCCCGUUGAAUGUCCGAACCUCAAAUUCCUCAACCUCAGUCGUUCUAAGGUGAGUAAUAUUAACCUUCGGAUGACUCCACAACUCGAGCAUUUAAAUCUUGCAAGAUGUGGCCUUUUAAAAUUCCAAUUUUUGGUUGAAUAUUUGAACCUCAAAUUCCUCAAUCUCAGUCAUACUAAUGUGAGUAACCUUAACCUUGGGAUGACUCCACAUCUCGAGCAUUUAAAUAUCCGAGGAUGUGAUGACUUUGUAGAACUCCAAUUGCCCGUUGAAUGUUCGAACCUUAAAAUACUCCGCCUCGGUGGUUCUAAGUUGAGUAACCUUAACCUCGGAAUGACUCCAUAUCUCGAGCAUUUAGAUCUCACAAAAUGUUCUGACUUUGUAGAACUACAAAUGCCGGUUGAAUGUCCGAACCUCAAAACCCUCAAUCUCAGUCUUUCUAAGGUGACUAACCUUAACCUUGGGAAAACUCCACAUCUCGAGAAGUUAAAUCUUGGAGGAUGUGCUGAAUUUGUAGAACUACAAAUGCCCAUUGAAUGUCCGAACCUCAAAUUCCUUACCCUCCAUGUAACUAAGGUGGGUAACCUAAACCUCGGGAUGACUCCAAAUCUCAAGACGUUAGAUCUUGAUGCAUGUAAUGAGUUCGAAGUCCACAUGCCUGUUGAAUGUCCAAAACUCACAUACCUUAAAAUCAGGGGUUCUAAGGUGAGUGACCUUAACCUUGAGCUGGCUCCAAAUCUUGAGAGAUUAGAUCUUUCAGAGUGUUAUUUUAUUCUAAAAAUUCAUGCUCCAGUUGGAUGUCUAAAAAAGCUUGUCUACUUUAGCUUAGGCACUCACUCAAAUUUUGAAAGUUUUCAAGUUGAUGAACAGUGUAACUCUUCAAUUAUACAGGCAAAGUGCAUACGUAUAUGCCCACUGCACCCUGAUAAUAAAUUGCCAAUGUUUGGGUUUACUUGUGAUACAAAUGAACCUGGAUCCUUAUGGAUGGGAAAUCUUGAGAAGCUUAUUUAUUCUAGUCUAUGCCCUUGCAAAUACCUUGAGAAUUGGUCUGCAACUAUUUGUGGUUUACAACAUUUAAGUCCGCUUUUACUUAGUGGCAGUAUUCCUGGGGAUCUGUGGCAAUUAGAAAGUCUAGAGAAGCUUUCUUUGAUAACGGUAGAGAUUCGGCAUCUUCCGGAUAGCGUUUGUAUGUUGAAACAUCUAAAAUCACUUUCCAUUAUUAGUUGUCGGGUUAUUGAGCAGUUACCAGAAAAUAUAUGCAGAUUAGAGUGUUUAGAGGAGUUAUUCGUAUCGGAUUGCACAUCCUUGCGGGAUAUUCCGAACAGCAUAUGUAAGAUGAAAUGUUUAAAACGUUUAAGUCUCGGAAGUUCUGAUAAAGUUGAGAGAUUGCCGGAGGAUCUUGGAUGUUUAGAAUGUUUAAAGGAGUUAGACCUAAGCGACUGUAAAUCCUUACGAGAUAUCCCAAACAGCAUAUGUAAGAUGAAACGUUUAAAACGAUUAUAUCUAUCCUAUUGUAAUCAACUUGAGAAAUUGCCAGACGAACUUGGGUGUUUAGAUUGUUUAAAAGAGUUAAAUAUACAAGGUACGCAGAUAAGUUGUCUUCCACGGAGCAUUUAUCAAUUGAAAGGCCUGGUUAUUACUGGGUCUAGAGAGCAGCUUGAGUCAUGUGGUUUUACAUCCUUCAGAGAACUUGGCCUCCUGUGCGAAGUAGAGCUGUGAGAAAAGACAGGCACUAACAACAUUCGUAUCCUAAGGGGAUGAUUUGGUUUCAAAAAGAAGUAUUCAAAGUCCAUUCUUUGAAUAUUUUAGUUUAUGAUUUAUAGAAUGUAACAUGGACUUUCUGUAAGUAAUUUUAUAUCGAUUUGUAAUUCCUAAUUGUUUUUUCCGUUAAAAAUUUAGGAGCCUUAAUUGAGUUA